CAACACACACGAAAACCUCUGUUAUAAAUCUACCAAGCCUCACCCAAACUUCUUAUUCAAAUCACAAGGAAAGAAAUUAACAAUGGGAUCCGAUGCACCCUCGACCACCAAACUCCCCAAGAUCGACUUCUCCGGCGUCGACACGGGUAGUCCGGGGGCCGGAGCGUGGUCCGUGGUCCGGGAUGAAGUGAUGGAGGCCUUGACAGCGUACGGAUGCUUUGAGGCAGUGUACCCCAAGCUUAGUAGUGAGCUACGUAGCUCAGUCUUGGAUAGUUUGAUCAAGGAUUUGUUUAGACUCCCGUUAGAGACUAAGCUUAGGAAUUAUUCGGACAAGCCCUUCUAUGGUUAUAUUGGUCAGAUUCCUAAUUUGGCGUAUGAGAGCCUCGGCAUUAUGAAUGCUGAGGAUCCUGAGGGAGCUCAGGCGUUUACAAGUAUAAUGUGGCCUGAGGGAAAUCCCAACUUCAGUGAGACAGUGCACGCUUACUCAAAACGGUUAGCGGAGUUAGACCAAGCGGUGAUAAAGAUGGUGUUUGAGAGUAUGAAAGUGGAGAAAUACUACGAUUCACAAAUGAACUUGCACAAAUACUUGCUCAAAGUUUCAGAGUAUGGUCCUCCGGGCGAGGAGGAGGAGAAGAAGCUUGGCUUGAAUCCUCAUCGCGACAAAAACACAACAUCCAUAAUUUGCCAAAAUCAGGUGGAUGGGCUUGAAAUAGAGACGGAGGAUGGGGAAUGGUAUCCUGCGGUGCCUUCACCUAACUCUGUCAUUGUUAUCGCUGGUGAUGCCCUUCGGGCAUGGACCAACGGCCGAGUGUACUCCCCGAUGCACCGUGUAGUGAUGGGCGGCAGCGUGAUGAGGUACUCCUCAAUCCUCUUCUCCAUCCCCAACGACGAUGUCGUGAUCCAAGCCCCGCCUGAGCUCAUCGACGCUGACCACCCGCCGCUCUUCAAGCCUUACGACUUCGGCAGCUACGUACGCUACUGCUUCACUGAGGAGGGCCAGAAAGCAAACCCUCAGCUUGAUGCUUUCUGUGGUUUGAGCAAGCAACAGGAGGCUUAAUUACGUGUGAAGUCUUUCUUUGGUCGAAACCUCUAUCUAUGUUAGAAGUUGUAUCGGCUAUAUUUUAUUAUACUAGUGACGUUUAAGGCUUCGGUUCAGUGUGUUUAUGUUUAAUUUGUAUUCUGUAAGAAAUUUCAACUCUUAAACAAUUAAUAAACAAUAAGUGGAUUCUUAAUUGUUUUAAUGUAA